AUGAGCUUUGGAACUCUUCAAAUACCUUCGUCUUUGCCUAAACCUACAAUACAGUCAAUUAUAGAAAGAGCAUGUAACCCUCAAAUGGUUGAGCCGGAUUUGGCUUUAGACUUGGAGAUCGCGGAUUUGAUUAAUCAAAAAAAGCAGAAUUAUCCACGCGAUGCAGCUGUUCACAUUGUACGCCUUAUAAAUCAUCGAAAUCCUAAUGUUUCCAUGCUAGCUUUGACGAAUUGUGGAUAUCCAUUUCAUUUGCAAAUUGCUACAAAAGAAUUUUUAAAUGAACUUGUUCGAAAAUUUCCAGAAAAACCUCCGGUGGUUCCUAAUCCUAUACAACUGAGAAUUUUAGAGUAUAUUCAAGAAUGGAAGUCGACCAUCUGUGUUAAUUCACGUCACAAAGACGACUUACAUUAUAUCAAUUAUAUGUAUAAGCUGCUUCUUCAUAAAGGUUACGUGUUUCCUGAAUUGGAUGAUCAGUCUGCAGCAGUCCUUAACCCGACUGAUACUUUAAAAUCGCCAGAUGAAUUGGAGGAAGAAGAUCGUGCUGCGCAAGCAGCGAAAUUGCAGGAAUUAAUUCGUAGAGGCACCCCUGCAGAUUUGGAAGAGGCAAAUGAAUUAAUGAAAGUCAUGGCUGGCUAUGAUCCAGAUGUAAAACCUGAUUACAAAAAGCAAGCUGGUGAAGAAUUAGAACGAAUUCAACGAAAGGCUAUACUUUUGAAUGAUAUGCUUAAUAAUGUCAAACCAGGCGAAGUUAUUGGUGAAGGGGAUAUAUUUGAGGAAUUGUCACAAGCUUGUAAAGCAGUACAACCCAAAAUUCAAAAAUUUAUUUCAGAAGAAGAAGAUUCUGAAAGCAUUGAUCGUUUAUUGAAUUUGAAUGAUAUACUCAAUACAGUUUUAAAAAAAUAUCAAAAUGUUCUAAACGGAGUAUUCAAUAAUGAUCCAAACGACGCAUUGCCUCCGCCUCCACCGCCGUCUACAACUGGGAGCCAGCCAGAGUCGUGGCUGAUUGAUUUAGGAGAUUCUGAGCCUCAACAAGGUCAAAUCCAAAUUCCCGGUGAUCUGUUCGAUACAAUUGGUGGACCCUCUAAUAAUAAUAAUAAAGACCCACCAAAGACAGGUACCUUGAUAGACGAUUUACUUGGACUCUCUAGCGAAUCGCUUUAUAACCAUAAUCAAUUAAUGCAAGACGAAAUAAAAAAAGUGGUCGUAGCAUUUGUAAAAUUGAAAGAAGAAAAUCUAAUAGUGGAUGGCAAUGGAUAUAAGAAACACAGUUGGCAAUAUGGACGCAAAUAUAUUUUCUUUAAAAAUAAAAGUAGACUUAAGGUACAUCGAUAUAAAUAUACUUUCGAAUUAGAACCUCUGAAAACAGAUCAUGAAGAAUCUACUAGUUCUCAUAUUGGAAAAAAUAAAAGUGUCCAACAGCAACAACAAAAGGAUGGUCAUGAGUCAAAUUUACCACAAAUUACAGAUGUAUUUUCUAAUUCAGAUAACUCGGAUGCAAUCAACACUAGUUUUUUAUCAGAAGGAGAUGUUGUUGGUGUUGAGGCAACACCAAACCGAUCAAGAACACAGUUAACGGUUCGUGAGAUAUCAGAGAUAUCAAAAAGCACUGCUGCAAGUUCUAUCCAAUUGGCAAAAAUAAAUAAAGAUUCAGUUGAUCAGUCAGUUAGAGAAACUAAUGCACAUACAGAGGAUUAUCCCGUUCAAAGCGAUAGUAAUGUAGAGUCAAGUAACGGAAUAUUAUCAGUUUCCGAAAUAACAACAACAGCUACGGAAGUGAUAUCAAAUUCUCAUUCCUCAAGUACUAAUAAUAAACGUGAAGUUAGCAAUGAAUUUAGUAGUAGUGAUAGUGCAGAAGGAUCGACAAGCUUAAAAGCUGUUUCUGUAAGUGAAACUUUCUUAAUCCAUUCGGUUUUAUUAAAAGAAUGUUUGGAGGAGAUAGGAGGAGGAUAUCUUGAUAUCAGAGUUGGCUUGCUUUAUGCUGGUUUCAAUCAAGACUUUGGUUGUUUUGCUGCUGGUUUAGAUAGUGGGUUCAGAAUAUACAAUUGUGAUCCCCUGAAAGAAAAAAUGCGUAAAGACUCUGACGACGGUGGGGUAUCGAUCGUUGAAAUGUUAUUUCGCUGUAAUUAUCUCGCUCUCGUAGGUGGUGGAAAAAAUCCAAAGUAUCCACCAAAUAAAGUUAUCCUAUGGGAUGAUUCUAAAAGUAAGGAAAUAGCAGGGCUGGAAUUUCGAAGUGAAGUUAGGAAUGUAAAAUUGAGGAGGGAUAGCGCGCAACCACAGAAGCUCCACACUUUUGAAACAAUAGAUAAUGAUAAAGGUUUGGUUGCUCUAUCGUCGUCAGAAAACCACGCCAUUUUGGCGUUUCCAGGUCGACAAAAAGGCCACAUUCAGAUCGUUGAUCUCAAUACCUUCCACACUACCACGGCUGUGACUAGAGACUAUCCCACAAACUCAUCGUCUUUUUCAUCCUUUCCACAUCAUAGACGUUCUCAAUCGUUUGGUAGUAAUAAUGACCUACAGCCUCCGUCAGUCCAUGACAGAAGACAGAGUGUAUCUAAUAGCGGAAGUACAACCGUGAUGACCACGAACAUCAGUAUUAUUCCUGCACAUUCUGGAAAAUUGGGUUGUCUAUCAAUAAAUGCCGAUGGAAGUAAAUGUGCGAGUGCAAGUGAAAAGGGUACGCUAAUAAGAGUUUUUGAUACUGCUACUGGAAAAUUAUUGAACGAAUUACGACGCGGUGUAGAUCGUGCUGAAAUUUAUAGCAUCGCAUUUAAUCAUGAUUCGACGCGAUUAUGCGUUUCUUCUGACAAAGGAACAGUACACAUCUUUAAUCUGGACGCCAUUCUUGGAAACGGCGCUAGCCAUUCUCCGAACAACGGAGCUGCCUAUUAUGGAGAGGUCGUUGUAAACAACACGAUCCCAUCACCGAGCGGUAACAGACAAUCUAGAGACUUGCUUCCAAAAUAUUUCUCUUCCGAAUGGUCGUUUGCUCACUUUAAAGUAAUGGCAGACUGUCGGUGCAUUUGUGGAUUUGGACAAGAAAGGAAUUCUGUAAUUGGUAAAUAA